AUGGGGAGCUGGAGCAGCAUCCGGCUGCCAGCCUGGCAGCAGCUGUUUUGGGCCCUGUGCCUCACUUGCCUCGUCGGGUGGGCGUGGGCGGACGAUUGGUCGCAGAGCUGCGCCUCCAACUGCACCUGCAAGUGGACCAAUGGCAAAAAGUCGGCCAUAUGCAGCUCAUUACAGCUGACGAGCAUACCGACCACGCUGAGCACCGAACUGCAGGUGCUGGUGCUCAAUGAUAAUCAUAUACCAUAUCUGAAUCGUGAGGAGUUCUCCGCAUUGGGCCUGCUCAAUUUGCAGCGCAUUUAUCUUAAGAAAUCCGAGGUCCAAUAUGUACACAAGGAAAGUUUUCGCAAUCUGAAAAUACUCGUGGAAAUAGAUCUGUCCGACAACAAGCUGGAGAUGCUGGACAAGGACACGUUUAUGGGCAAUGAUCGGCUGCGCAUCUUGUAUCUGAAUGGUAAUCCUCUGAAGCGUUUGUCCGCCUAUCAAUUUCCCAUAUUGCCGCAUUUGCGCACGUUGGACAUGCAUGACUGCCUGAUAUCCUAUAUAGAUCCCAUGUCGUUGGCCAAUUUAAAUUUGUUGGAGUUUCUCAAUCUCAAGAACAAUCUGCUGGAGAGCCUCAGUGAGUAUGUGUUCCAGCACAUGGGCAAUCUGAAGACGCUUUCCCUGGAGGAGAAUCCCUGGCAAUGCAAUUGCAAGUUGCGCAAAUUUCGCAGCUGGUAUGUGGGCAGCCGGCUCAGCUCGGUGAGCCUGGUGUGCAAAGGACCGCCAGCGCAAAAGGAUCGCACCUGGGAUAGUGUGGACGAUGAGCUGUUUGGUUGCCCGCCACGCGUUGAGAUCUUCAACAAUGAGGAGGCCACCAACAUUGACAUUGGCAGCAAUACAACAUUCAGCUGCCUGGUCUAUGGUGAUCCGCUGCCCGAGGUCAGCUGGGAGCUGAAUGGCAAAAUUUUGGACAAUGAUAAUGUGCUCUUCGAUACGGAGAGCAUUGCCUCCGACAAACUGUGGAGCAAUCUGACCGUGUUCAACGUGAGCAGCCUAGAUGCGGGCACAUAUGCCUGCACGGGCAGCAAUGUAAUCGGCUCCAUGACCCAAAACAUUAGCAUCUAUCUGAGCGAGAUUGUGCAGCAUGUGCUGGUUAAGACGCCGGAGACAUUCUGGUAUUUUGGCCUCAUCAUGGGCAUCUUUGGCACCGUUUUUCUGCUCAUCGCCAUCUCGUUUGUGGUGUGUCUGUGCAAGCGGACCACGCGCCAGCAUCGGCACGCCAAUAAAGCGGGCGUCAAGACCAGCGUCAGCUUCAAUGAUCAGGAGAAGAAACUGUUGGAUUCAAGUGUGACAACCACAACCAAUGAUCGCGGCGAUAGCUAUGGUAUUGACAACAAUCCCAGUUCCAUCAACAAAACCGACUCCAGCCUCGGCUUCAAUCAGAUCGAGAUUCAUGCCGUCGACCAUCAUCGCACGGGCUUGUCCUUGGCCCAGCAGCAGCAGCAGCAGCAACAACAGCAGCAGCAGCAGCAGUCGGCGGCCGUUGCCAGCCAGGCUCAGGCCGUACAGCAUAUGCGACAGCAGCUGAUGACCGUCAAGGAUCCCACCUGUGGCCUGAUCAGUGUGCCCACCUCGAUGGCCAGCUAUCAGCAUCAGCUGCAGCAUCCGACGCACUCGCACGCCCAUUCGCAUGGCCAUGGCCAGCUGUCGGAGGAGUUUCCGCUGAAUGUGGGCGUCUUUCCACCACCGCCGGAGUUCUGCUCCAACAUUGUGCCGAAUCCCACCUUUGGCAACAUAUUCAUACGCGUCUCUGUCACACAGGAUAUGCUGGAUGGCGCCGACAUCAACAUGUAUCCGGAUCUGCUGAACAUACCCAAACGGCUGCAGGAUGUCCAAUGCUCAGCCGAUGCCAACGCUGCGGGCACAGCCAGCGAUGGCCCAACGGCUGUGGCACAGUUUGCCACGCUGCCGCGUCACACCACACGCCGUGGCAUACUCAAAAAGGAUCCCUCGCUGCAGGCAGCAGCAGCAGCAGCUGCGUCAACGGCGACAGCGGCCACGAAUCUUUAUCCACAUGACGAGAUUGUUACGUACAAUCUGGAAACGGGCGCCUAUCAUUGUAGCGGCAACAACAGCAGUGACAUGGAGCUGCCGCUGCCGCCGCCACCGCCGCCGCCCGCUGUAACCGCAGUGGUGCAAUGCCAUCAUCCGACGACAACGGCGCCGGCCAUGUCCGCGUCCAAUUGCGCCAGCUGCAUCAAUAAUGCGCCCUCGUCCGCCUGCAGCACGCCGCCAAUUGGCGUGGAGGCGACGCCGUUGCGUGACAGCUCCGCUUAUCCCAAAUACGAUAAUAUGGGGCGACGCAUCACCGCCAGCGGCGGGCUGGGCAAUUCGACGCUGUCGCUGCCUGACGAGAACGAGACUCUGUUCAGCGAAUCCACGGCAGAGUCGAACAUGGCUGAGGCGGAGAACACGGGCGGACAGGAUCAUCAUCAUCAUCAUCAGAUGCAGACAACGGAGCCAGCGCCGGGCAUGGAUAAGGGUAAUGCGGGCGGUGGCGAGUUUGUCUCCCUCUAGUAUUAUGGUACACAGGUGUAAAGCGCGUCACCUGUCGGCCAAUAGACUGUGCUGCCCGCGCGCUAGCGCCAUCUGUCGGUCAAUAGAUUGUGCUGCCAAAACAAUCAGUUCACAGAGUCAAAAAUAAAUCCACUGUGGCAAUCGUUUUGUUCAUAUCAGCGAAUUCUUCUCAAGUAAUUUUUUACAAAACCAAGCAUUCAGAAUAAAAAAAUAUUAAUUAAAUAUAUAACCAAUCUAUUGACUUUCGCAGACUUUAUGAAGCUGUAUGUACAAGAUGAAGAAGAAGAACGCGCGAUCCAAGAGCAAUUUAUGUAGAAUCAAAAAGAAACACAAAAAACAACCGUGAAAAUAUGAGAAUGUAAUGUUAACAGCGUGCAGAAAUAAUAAUCAUUUUAUUUAACACUCGUAAGUAAAACACGUAGUUUAACUAGACGCAUAAACACAUGGAAAUAUAUAUAUAGUUAUAUAUAUCUAGAUUCAUGGUAACCCAUUCCUAAAUUUAAAACGUAUUCCGCUGGACAACAUUCAUGUUUGCUUUACCCAACGCCAAUUAUGCCAAAAGCCAAUCCAAUUGCCAUUCACUGGGAAAUAUAACAGCUAAUUUGGGUAUGCUAUUGCCAACGGUGAAUGGCAAAUGUUUGAAACUGAUUCAUUUUAAAAUGUCGCUAGCGGAAUUUGUCAUUAAUAUUCCAAAGUUUGUCUAAUUUGGUAAAUGUUGAAAAUGCAUAGCGUAAAAACAAAAACAAUUCUAGACCAAAAAUACUUCCCAUAAGGUGUAUAAAACGUAACAGUACAUAUAUAUGUAAAUAUAAAUAUAUGUGUAUGUGUAUGUGUAUAAGGAAAAUAUGGACAUAGUCGUAAUACCGAGCUGCAUAGGCUUGAAGAAUUUUUGAUUUUCAACUUCGUUUUUUUAGUGCUAGAAAAUUUACUGCUCAUUGUAUAAUCCACUGUAGCCACAUUGAUAUAUACAUAUAGACCUUAGAGUUCCCAAGUAUUAUACCUGAAACUUAAAAUUAACAAUUUUCUAAAUGUAC